AUUGCGCGGAGGGGCGGAGGGGCGGAGGGAUUCUUCACUGCCAUGUUUGUGCGCAUGAGCAACAUAUUAUUGCCUUCAUUGAUAAAAAUCCUUUGUGUUAACGUUUCCUCGUCUAAUCUCACUGUCGCUUUCGGCGCGUUUCAUCACUACAUAAGUUUGUUACAGUCUGGAAAUCGGCAAUGGCAUCACGUGCAGGCCCAAGAGCUGCAGGGACCGAUGGGAGUGAUUUUAAACACAGAGAGAAAGUGGCUUCUCAUUAUCAGAUGAGUGCUUCAUUGAAAUCUGAGAUAAAGAAGCUCACCGUUGUGCAUUUCUUCAUAUGGAUACUGGUGGCGGCACAGGUGGCUGUUAGUCAUCUCAAUCUGGUGUCACAUGAUCUGGUGGCCAUGCCCUAUCAGUGGGAGUAUCCGUACCUUUUGAGUCUCGUGCCCUCGUUCAUCGGAGCCCUGGCCAUGCCAAAAAACAACAUCAGCUAUCUGGUGAUCUCCAUGAUCAGUGCUGGUCUGUUCUCAGUGGCACCCUUGAUUUUUGGCGCAAUGGAAAUGUUUCCACUGGCCCAGCAGCUGUACCGACAUGGAAAAGCUUACCGGUUUAUCUUUGGUUUCUCAGCUGUAUCUGUGAUGUAUCUACUCAUGGUGAUCACCAUUCAGGUGCACGCAUGGCAAAUCUACUACAGCAAGAAGCUUCUGGAUGCCUGGUUUAACUCAACACAAGAGAAGAAGAAGAAAUAAACAUGCUGUUGUAUACCUGAAUUCAUCCACCAUAUUUUUCUGUCUCGGUUGUUAAUGCAUGCAAUUAUUAUAAAUGUUUAGAUAUUUGCAAUUUAAAUACACAAUUGUAAGCUAACAAAGUUUACUUAAUAUGUGUAUUUUUUUAUUAUUAUUAUUUAUUCACAUGUUAAAAUUAUGCUUACCUUAUUAAAUUGUUUACCUUUUUUGUUUUAUCGUGUAAUUUAAAACUUGAAAUUCUGUUGUAUUACAAAAUGUUUAGUCCAUGUCAAGAAUACAGAGCCACUCACCUCAUUUUUAUUUCUUUAUAAUAAAAUAAAAAUAAA